AAAGUAAGUCAAUGUAUGUGGGUUUUGCAUUUGCAUAUUGUGAAGAGGGUCAGCAUAUCAGCAAAACUCACUCAGUUUUUUUGGGAAAGUUUUGGUGGAGCUACUUUGGCUUGGAUGAGACGAUGGACCGACAAGAAGAGGCUUAUAUGAUUUGGCUUGAUGGAUCAGACAGAAAUACCAAGUCUAAAGAAAUUUUUUCCAACUAUUUUAAAAUUCUAUAAUUUUCUAAAAGCUUCUUCUGUUCUCUUGGAUUCUGCAGGUGUAGUUGAAGUACUUGUAAAUAGUGGAAGGCAGAUUGAUGCUGUGAACUUGGCUUAUGCGUUUGACCUCACGGAGAAGUUCUCACCUGUGGCUCUACUUAAAUCUUACUUGAAGGAGGCAAGAAAAGCUUCUUCACCUGUCAAACCUGGAAAUGCAUCUCCCACUGUACAGAAUGAGGUGAAUGAGCGUGAACUGACUGCACUUAAGGCUGUGAUCAAGUGCAUUGAAGAGCAUAAGCUUGAGGAGCAGUACCCUGUGGAUCCACUUCAGAAACGGGUUAUCCAGCUGGAGAAAGCCAAAGCAGACAAGAAAAGGGUGACUGAAGCUGCAAAGCCUCAACCAAAGAGACCCCGAGCUAAUGGUGUUGGAUAUGUGCCUCGUGUUACUAAUAUUGCUGCUGAAAAGAAUUUUUAUCCUAGAGUUGCCGAUAAUAGGUAUCCACAGUACAUGUAUGAGAGGUCGUAUGUUUACCCUGGGCCUAAUGAAAACCAUUGCCCCUCUCUGCUGGGUUCUGCUACUUACAACCUGUCUCCUGGUCACAGCAACUACUUUGCAAAUGGCUACCAGUACCAAACCGCAUAUCUUCACUAGGAAGUAAAGGUGGCGAAAUGGUGACUGAUCCUCUCAUUUUUAACGGUUAGUCUUUAACCCUUCAGUUCGCUGAUAUCCCAAUGUAUGAAUGAAUUUAGUAUUUAAAAAAAUGACCAAAAAAGAAAAAAAAAAUGAAAAAACUCAAAAAAAAAAAAAAGUCUUGUUAAUUUGUUAGUUGAUGUAUGAAGAAUAUAUUUUGAUCCUCUAAUAUAUGCACUUUGUUUUUCUUUUGUAUAA